CAAUUGAAGUUAUACUUAAAUUAAUACAGUAACGGCAGAGAUGUCAUUGGCAAUAAAUUUUGGAGGCUUGGGUGCCUUUCCUACUCUCAAACAAGUAUUGGGAAAUAUUCCACGUCUUCCUGUGAUAGGUUUAGUAAUAACCAAUAAACCAUCUAUUACAAGAUCACAAGAACUUAUUAUAAUGGAUGAAAGAUUGGAAGAAUUAAGAGAACACAUAGAAAAUAAUGGUGGUGAAGCCCCAUUUAUGAUAGAUAAUGGAGCUAUUUUAAGAGCAGCUCCAAAGAAGAAAUUAUCUCAUCAAAAGCAUAGAGCUAAAUUAUAUGCCCCAGGAAAUAAACAAAUUCAACCAUUACAAAAUUUGAUUAGAUGUCCAGCUUGUGGUCAUGUUAAAAGAAGUCAUGUUAUGUGUAUGCAUUGUUUCCAUGAAAUUAGAACAUUUUUAAAAGCCAAGAAGAGAGAUUUGGGUAUAAUUAAGGAUACAGUUAAUCCUCAAACUGAUAUAGAACCUAUUGAUGAAAAGCUUCUAUACCCAAAGAAAGAACUAGAAGGUGAAAAGAGAAAAUUACAAGACAGGAAAUAUGUUCCACAACGAGAGCAACCUUUAAUGUUUCAAAAGGGUGAACAAAUUCAUAGGCGUAAAGGUGUUUGGGCAAACAUGUUUCGUCAAAAUUAAUAAUGUAUGCAUGUAAGUCAUAUAAUUUAGUCAUUCAUAUCAUUUUAUAUCUUGUACAUAUACAUAUAUAUAAAUAUAUAUUU